AUGUAUUCCCAGAGCAUUCGAGACCUCGACUCCGAUAAGAAAUUUUGGUCAGGUCAAUGUCGUGUCUCUAGAAUGUGGCUUGGAGUCAAUGUACAUACACACAAAGUUCUCCAUUUGGACCUCAUUCUCAUGGAUUCAAAGGGCAAUGAUAUCUGGAUACACAUCCCCCCUGUGUUGAUAGAAAAGUUUAAGAAGUUGCUGAAGGAAAACCAUGUUUACACUAUCAAGAAAUUUGAUAUCAAUACAACUGGACUGAAAUAUCGACCUAUUGGGAAUCCAUAUCUUAUACAAUUUAGUAGGAAAACUAUUGUUCAUCAUGUUCCUGAAGUCCCUGCAAUUCCCACCUUCGAUUUCACUUUCCUGAAUGCAAGUCAGAUGGCAGACAAACUGGGUCAUAUUAUCAUCCUCUCAGAUGUUGUUGGCCAAUUGCGCACACAUUCAGAGGCAAUUACUACUACCAACCUUACUCGGAAAACUAUAAGGAAGGAGAUCACAUUGCAACUGAUUGAUUGA